UAGAGAGCAUCGCAAUGCCUGAGCCCGCGAAGUCGGCGCCGGUGCCGGUGCCCAAGAAAGGCUCCAAGAAGGCGAUCACCAAGACCCAGAAGAAGGGCGACAAGAAGCGCAAGAAGAGCCGCAAGGAGAGCUACUCCAUCUACGUCUAUAAGGUGCUGAAGCAGGUCCACCCGGACACCGGCAUCUCCUCAAAGGCCAUGAGCAUCAUGAACUCCUUCGUCAACGACAUCUUCGAGCGCAUCGCUGGAGAGGCCUCCCGCUUGGCCCAUUACAACAAGCGCUCCACCAUCACCUCCAGGGAGAUCCAGUUUUCAGACACGGAGAACUCAGCGCGUCAGGCGAUCAUGCCCACUAUAGGUGUGGGCAACGGUGGAAGUUACCCGCGGGGCAGAAGGAGAGCACAGUCCAUUAGCAGCCCUUCUGGGGCUACCAACCGUCCUUUUACGCAGAGUGCUCACCACUCCAGCCACAUCUUCCCUCAUCUGUAA